AUGUCCGAUAUAUUCGGGAUAUGUUCCAGUUAUUUUUCACAAGCUACGAUGAGAGAGUGCACUUUAUCGAGCAACGAAGGCUUGCCUCAUGACGCGGAGUUGUUAAUGGCAGUGAAUUCUUUAAUGAUGGACGCACCAACCGCAAUGAUAUCAGAUGAAAUUGCGGGCGGCGUACGAGAGGCUACGGAAGCGGAAAUUUCAUAUGAGCAGACAAGUUCUGCUCAAACAUUAACCACGAGUGACUAUACGUCUAUGUCUUACUGCAUGACUUUGAACAGUGUCGCGAGCGAUAAAUCCAGCGCAGUUGUGGAGAGAUACGAUGGUGGUGAUUCCCGCUUCUCCACCCAACAUCGUGAUCGGCUGUUUUUGAUGUCGGAGUCUAAGCGUGAAAAGUCAAUAGCAGAGACAGCUGGUGAGGUUGGAUCGUCACUAUUUUUUGAUAUCGAAAACUUCAUUACGGGGGAUUCAAGUCACGCGGAGAGCACUGUUGCACCGCUUCAAUCACAAUUGCCCAUGUCUGAAGACCUUAGCACCGUUGUAGCACUCUUGAAACAUCCUACUGGAGCUAGUGAUACUGAAAACAACCUCGACUCGCCACAGCAAAUGGAUCUUUCAUCAACAAAUAUAAUGCAUUAUAAAUCGACAUCAACCAAAAUACUCAACAAUAUCGAUAACAAGAAACAAAAAACUCCAGCAGCCGAUGAGCAGACCGAAGUUCCUUGCGUUCGACCAUCGGUAGUUGCACCACGAAAAGAUAUUAAAAUGCACUUCCUAUGCAAGGAUUCAUACAAUUAUAACCGAGAAAAUGACAGCGAUAAUAACAUCAGCAAUAGCCGCGGCAAUAGUGAGAGUAUUAGCACCAGUGACGGCGACAAUAGUAAGGCCGAAAAUCAACGAAUAAUAACAGUCAGGGAGCAUCGGAAGUAUCACAUAUUCCAUGACAAAAGGAUAGCUGCCAUAAAAUUAUCACCCGCCACGAUGCAGCAAGAAAAUGAUUCCGAGGACGAAGAGAAUAAAAAGUCGUGGGCACCUGAGAAAAAACGGCAAAGUAAGCGAAUUGACUACGGGACUGUACAGAAAAUCGCUGGGAAAUUUGUCGUUCGUCUGAAAGAUACGAAAGAUAUCGUGGAUCCACCGAAACGGCCGGUUUUGCCCAAAGCAAUGACUACGCGCGUCGCAAAACUUACUCGGCGUCCUAUCGUCGUCAAAAGUUUCUCACUCACCUUUCCUCAUGUUACGUUUUACGAUGUAGAUGACGAGGAUGACGAGGUAAGUUAUCCUAAAACGUUGAACUUGGUCGCGCUGAAGGAUUUGGUGCCCGAAGUACGUCUCGCACCGAGCGUCGUCGGCAGUUCACUUAAACGUUACUCCCAAAAAAAAGACACUCAUUUCAUUGACAUGCACAAAAUAUCCAACUAUAAAACCGACCUCAUGUCUUAUCCCUUCGUGUAUGGCGCUGUGCCUCGAGCUUAUGCAUUUGCGGCAACGUAUUUCGUUAACAAGUACUUGCAUUUAUUUAAUAACGCAAGGGCCAGAUCUACCGCGAUGGUACAAUCAACGUCCGUGGGUGAAGGUAAAAAGAACUCAUUGCGUAAAGAACAACUUGCCGGGGAAGAAGUCCCACUCCACGAUGGGGAAAUUGAAACGAUGACUUAUUGCUAUUGGCAAUUAAAUACACAAGACUUGAUCAAUUGGCACGAUGAUUUGCCACGGCGCCGACUAAAGCAAAUCCUUGAAUACGCUUGGGUGUCCAUGCGCGAUAGCGUUGUGAAAGAAUGCAAGCGCGAUAAAUCGAAUAAAAGUGAGCUACUCAGUGUGAGAACCUCACUCGAAGCCAUACGCAAGUACGCCGAAUUCGAUAAACCUAAUCGUCUCACUGCUGCUUGUAUUUUUAUAAUCAAAGAGCACUACGAAAUUAUAGUCCAAGCGUGCGGUGCGCUCAACCUGGAUCCCUAUCUUUGGGAGACUUUAAUGCGUCAUUGCGGAGUCCAUCACUAUCUGUGCUCGCAUACUCUUAUGGAAAUAGCGAAGCGCAUGCCGCAAGUACGUAACGUUCUGAAGUAUCGGCUUCUGGAGAUCGAGGCCCAAGCAAGCGAUUGUGUUGUGCAACCGAUGUCGAGCAGAGCAGUAUUUGAACUGUUCAGCCGAUGGAUCACACGUCCCAGUCACGUAACUUUAAAGCUACAGCAGACGACAAACAAUCUUUUCUUCGCAGAGUGUAGAGCCUUUGGCUUACACGUGGUGCGAUUUGGUAUUUGGAAAUCGGAGGUAAUAUACGCCGAGCACGUGGUCGGCUACGCGGACAGUCGCAAAACCAUGAUGCAAGUGUUAGAAUUACCUCAAUUGUCACAUGCGAAUAUCAAACAAGCGAUCAAUUUAAUCAACGACACUGUCAACAGUGCAGUAGCUAAUUGCGGUGGCAAAAUGCACAAACUUAAAAUGUCCAUUGGUGCGAGAAAGGAAUUCGUUAAGUACCUUUUAUAUAGAUUUUCUUCUGCCAUCAUUGGAGUGACACAAUGUCGACCGAAAAGUACAACGAGCGUGGAAUGGGCGGCACUGUUCGUUGAGGCAAUUGAAUAUUUCAUGAAUAUCAACUCGAACCAUGUUCACCAUGUGGACGAGUGGUCACUCACCGAUGAUUGUGAUUUGGAUGAAUACGAUGGUUUUGGCAUUUUGAAGAGAAGUUUCGCCGAUCUUUACGAUGAUUCAGAUUCGGAUGGAGAAUACGACAGCACCUGCGACGAAGGGGUCGAUGAAGAAUUGAAAGAGUUGCGUCGAGAGUAUCCUGACUUCACUGGAAAGACACCUGCACAACCACUUUCCAGACCCAAUGGCAUCUCUAAAACCAUAAAGCGUCACAAUCUUAUUGAGUCUGAGAUCCGACACAAAUUCAGCGACAAAAAGAUCAGUCGUACCAAGUGUGUGCUAUGUUUUUCGGUUACUACCGUGCAAACAGUCUAUCUCGAUCCGGGUAUGCGUGUUGCUUCUUGUAUACCAUGUCAUUAUGCUUUGAAUACGGAUCCCAGGGUCGAUAAUGAAGCUUUGAAAAGACGCGUCCUUGACAAAGUAAAAGCACCUAUCGGCUUCACGGCUAACGGUAUGAUUCGCGAAUUCCUAACUCAGGUGGAUGAAACCGUUAAGGCUCGUUUGUCGUAUGAUCGCGAGAAAAAAAUCACCGAAGCGAAACGACAACGCGCUAAAAAGCUUACCCCGUCGUUAAACUCGCAGAAACGAAAACAUACGAAAGACUCUGUCAACGUUGAAAUCAAACGAAAUAAAGAAGUUUAGUUUCGUUCGCUACAAAAUCCUUUUUUUCUCUUACAUAUAAAAUAUACUGAAAUAUACUUAUUAGUUGUUUCUCAAUAUUUGUAUUUACACAGCAUGCUCAAUGCUGAGUUCAUAAAAUUUAGAUUUAUAGUUUGAAUGAGAUGGAUCGGAUCACCAUUUGAGUAUCACAUUGACAUUGAAAUGUAAUAAAAUGCAUCGUUUAUUUGUUCAUUAAACAAUUAGGACUCAGGCAAGAAACGACCUUAUAUACUCUGUAUUUAUAUUAACAGAUUCUUUCCCAGAAAAUGGAAUUUCGUUCUAAUUUUAAAUAAAGAAUAAUUUCUAAUAACUCCAAGAAUAUUCAUUCGACUAUAAUAUUUUAUUUCAAACAGUUUUGAGAUGAUUUUUUUACACUUAAAUAAACGAACACUUUUUUUCCGAAGUGUUUCUCUCAGCUUACGUUUCAUACUUCGAUUUUUUUCUGACUGAGCACAAAUCCCACGACCUUUUUCGUUAGAUGAUAAGAUUUCUGUUUAGUUCAAUCGAAUAUCGGUAUGAGUUUUGGAACACGAACGAUACACAAAAACAGCGAACUUCUCGUUCACUCUUUUAAACGAAUAAGAACUGAGAAGGAAUUCUUAUCUCAGAACCCACUUUGUGCAUACCACUAAGCGAGCAUGAGAUAUGCGCAUAUGCAUCGUGCUCAGGGUACGGUAAUGAAUUACACGCAGAGCGAAUCUUAACUGUACAAAUGCAUUGGGUAGUUUUGAUGUGCCUGCGAACAUCUUCGCUGCUUUGACAUUGCCAUGAAAAAUUCCCAUUUUUGUCAUGAAAAAAUCCAUGACGACUUGUCACACGGAUAACAUGUUGGCAUCACCAUCGACAGAUCAUCAAAAUAGAUUGUGUAAAAACUAUUAUGUACCAUGCAUGGAUGGACCGGUGCAAUGUUUCACAAAAUGUUAUCCAACCGGUUGGGAAGCUCUUGCAGUUCGUUGUACCAUUCACUCGGACCAAAGAUUUUUGCUACGCGCUGUGAUUCGUCGUCCACCUCAGUCUCUUGGUUUUUGUGAAUUCCAACAUCCUGUUUAAGGACUCGAAGUGGUUUUGUGAAAUAGGCUACCAGCUACACUAGCGAUGUGACAACUGAAACAAAGUGCUCACACUCCAGCUCCGUCAACGUCAACGAAUGAUUCAAUUCUCUGUGCAACGAUUUCCAAGGGAUAAGACGAUAUACACGAAAUGGUAUGUUUACUAAUUCGGUAUCCAACACCUGCUGAUUAUGAACAACACGUCUGUGAGUACAGUACCUACCUAUUUUUAAAGGAUCUGUACCGUAAAUGCACCUGAACCUGUUUGUUAUUAUGAAGAAAAAACAAAAUUAUACCUGAUCUUGAGAUCAAGUGAGUAAAAUCCAGAGGCUGUCACUCGUUGUAUGUACAUUUUAAGGUUUGUGUAAACGAUUUGCAUGAUAAAUUUUCCACUUUUCGUAACUUCUCCAAAUAUUGUGAACUCAAAAACGUCUGUCAGAAAUGAAGAUUUUUUCACUUUUCAUUAUGCUCGCAUAUAUUCGUCAUUAUAUUUUAUGAGACACAACAUUCACAACGGACCAGAGUUGCAGCGAAAGAGUGUGAAGUCGGUUCCAGUUCAGGUUCAGUCCACUCUCGUUCCAGUAACAUGAAGUAGAUAACGCCGAAUGGUGCCGAACAUGUAUUACGUUGCUGAAAAUAUUGGUGGUACGGCUUGGAAAGUUUGAGGAUUAACUAAUGCCUUUGUUAUCGUGUUGCGCAACCAUGACAAUCUCGUGUUGAACCACAAAUUAUCCGAACCUCUAGAGUGGCCACGUCAUAAAAUAUACUACGCUGUAUAGAGUGGCGACAUUUGCUCAACAAUUUGGCGGAUAGAAAAUCAGUAAAUAAGAAAUAUUUAAAUUCUGGGAGUUUGAAUAUCAUGUCAAACUCGCCUUGAUCGUUGAUAUUCGAUGUUCAACGCCAAGCUCGAAAGCGUGACGUUCCGUCCGAUAAGUGAUGUUUUCAGAAUGCAGUUCAAUUAAAAACAAAUGUGUAUUUUUUCAUACCCAUUUGCAUGGUCAAGUUAUCAUAGCAAGUAUGGACGCAGAAGUAUUUCUUUCAAAAAUAAAUCAUUCUAUUCCCUGUCCUUAA